UCACCAUUUUAUUUGCUGCUCAACGAAAUCAAAAGAAGGUUUUAAAGGCCGGAGAAGUUGGGUAGUGGUCUGGAUCCGCCGGCGAACAACAAGCACCGUCACAUUAGUCCUCUUUUCAUUUCGCUGGUACUUAUUACAGGUAACUCUUGUGGCAAGCAGAAAAACACGGGAAGAUGGAAGCCAAGUUCUUUAGGUUCUUGAAGAUUGUUGGAGUUGGAUACAAAGCCAGAGCUGAGGAGGCAGGCCGUUUCUUAUACCUUAAGCUGGGUUACAGUCACGAAGUCGAACUCGCGGUUCCUCCGGCUGUUCGUGUCUUCUGUUUCAAGAACAAUGUGGUUUGCUGCACCGGGAUCGACAAGGACAGGGUGCAUCAGUUUGCUGCCACAGUCAGGAGUUGCAAACCUCCUGAAGUUUACAAGGGAAAAGGCAUCAUGUACAUCGACGAAGUCGUCAAGAAGAAGGUUGGAAAGAAGUCGAAAUAAUCUUUCUUUUUCUUUCUCUAUGCUUCUUUUGCAUUUUGGUUUGCGGAGAACUUGGGUGUUAAGACUUGGGAUUUGCUUGUUAUAAUAAGUUUUUUACUCUGAUGUAUGAAACAUCAUUUUGAGGUUAAGUCAGUUUUUAUCAAACAAGAUUAGAAGA